CUUUUUUGAGUGUGUUUGCCUGGGUUGUGAGAUUAUUUUUUUUUGGGAAUUCACUUUUUACCUGCAGAGUACAGAAGUGUCGAAAUUUAACCCCUUGGAUCAGUCGGUAUUGCGGAGCACCAGCAAGAGACCACACCAAGUGGACGACUUAUUUUUGUAUGCGCCCUUAAACCGGGGGACUCAAGGCGCUUUGGAAAUGUGAACUCUUGGUUCUGUGACUGGAUGAUCUUCUUGCAACUGAAGCAGAGUUUUAGACUCAACCCCUUAAUCCUCAGGAUCUGCCGAGGAUGUUGUAGCUGAAGGUUUUCUGUUACAGUUACUGGAAUAUUCUAAUACUGGUUGUGCUGGGAUCACGAGUGAUUAUAUUUACUGUCCAUGAUGCUGCGUGCUCCAUCUUUCCUGAUAAUGGCCAUUCUUUGGACAGUUGCUAUGAAUGGAGCUUCUCUUACUUCCUCUGAAGACCUGUACUCUAACUUCAGACUGCUGACUGCAGAGGUGGCCCGCACUACUCUGCUGUAGGAUACCAAGAUCGUGUGAUCUUCCAUUACAAUAUUCUUCUUAAAGGUAGCCCCAUGUCCUCAAUUACGAACCUGUCAUGUUUAUUUUAUAACUACUCCCAAAUGAACUGUACCUGGGAUAUCAAUGAGCAAGCACCAGCGGAUGCACAGUAUACUUUGUCUUAUCAGUUUACUGGAAAAACUGAAGUACCGACCUGUCAUCUGACUGGAUGUUGCAAUGCUACCUGCCAUUUUCGGAAGGAUAAAUUGAUCCAUUUCGACAUAAUACAAAUUUGUGUUGCUGAAUCAAGCCAACAUCUAACCAAACCUUGCUGCAUAUCCAUCUCACCAGCUACUUAUUAUAAAGCCAGUGCUCCAAUUAAAGUUGAGGUAAAUGAAACUGAAGUAAAGUGGAAGCCACCAAGAGGUGUUCAUCCUUCUGACGAUUUUUUUUAUCAAGUAGAAAUCACUGAUAAUAGCAACAAUGUCAAAAAGAUAGAAGAUGUAAAAUUGACAAAGUGGAUCAUUGAAAAUCGAAAGAAAAGUUACUCUGUAAAAGUGAGGGCACGAAUUGACAAUCACUUUUCAGAUUCUCUUUGGAGUGACUGGAGCCAGGCUGUCAAUAUUGAGCCUAAACCAAAGGAUUACACUUUGCUGAUUGAGAUUACACUAGUGAUUACUUUUGUUGCACUGGUGGUGUUGCUGAUGUUCACUUGCAGAAGGUACAAGUUAUUGGAAAACCUGUGUCAACCAAUCCCUGAUCCUGAAAGGAUGUUUAAGGAUCUAUAUGACCAUCACAAUGGAGAUUUUCAGGAAUGGAUCAAUGCCAAACCUUUGGUGACCAAAGUCCCUGAUGAAUGCAUUGCAGUUACACUCGAAGACUAGAUUUUUCCACCUCGAGGCAGAGAAAAAAAUUCAGAUCUUGGAACAGUUAAGCCCAAACAGAUUACAGCGGCAGAAAAAUUUUUCUUCGGCAGAAUGUCCAUAUUAAUGCAGUAUAACUGUAACAUGCGUUUGUUUACAUAAUUUGUAAUUGUGUUUUAAUUAGAUUGUAUUAAGUGUUUUGAAAAUUUGUUUUCCCUUCUUAGAAUUUCUUCUCUACUAUAAAUGGGCAAGUAGUGAGCUCCCCUUGCUCUCUGUGAUUAAUAACUCAAAAGCUGCAAUGUGUCGUUUUUCUCUUUGGAUUAACAGGCACAUACCAAAUAUGUGUAGCUCAGUGCACUUGGCCUGCAUUUUACGUGUUGAAAGCAGGUGCGUGCCGGACUGGAAGGCGCGUAAAAUAGCGAGAGAAGAUGUCGGGCCUGCGUCCCAACAUCACUGCGCACGCUUUCAGUAUUGCAGUGAGUGGGCACACAAGGCAGUCGGAGCUGCGCCCGCCGACAAUUAAAGGGUCAAUUCAAGUGAUUAGGAACCCAACAGAUAGAGAUUUUACAAAGCCCGGGCGAUUUUGAGCUCGUCACACGGGUGAAACAGGCAGGCCUGCAUUACGUUUUUAUCAUCCAUUUUUAUCAGACAAAAGGCCCCCAGAGUAAAGGUGCUUUCAUUUUAUUUGUGACUUUGCUGCUGUCAUACUUCUGAGUUUUGCCAGGUUUCCUUUUGAUUGUAGCAGCUUUCUAAACUGGUUCACGAACAGACCUGUGUCUAAGUUUUAACAAAAUAGAUCAACCUGUCGAAACCAUGGGGAACAUUGAUGUUUACAAACAAUAUUGGCCUUGCAAAUCCAUGGCUAAUUGGCAUUCACCACUGUAAUUAUAUGGUGGGGGGUGUGGUCGUUAAGCUGAGGGUUGGGGCUCUCUGAACCUCAGCCAUGAAGCUAUUAAUGUUUAUAAUGUUAUUGGAAAUUAAUUUUUAAUAGAGGUUUAGUCUGUGUGUGUUAAAUGAGUUAAAGCCAGCUAGUCUGGGUGCUUUGAUGCAUAGUAGUUCUGAGAUGUAAACGGAGAAGGAAAGAGUACAUUUGCAUUUUGUUGAAUAGAGUAUUUAAGAAAGGGAGUGAAAUCUUGCACCUAGCUAGGAGACACCAAACAAUGUUUAUAUUACUAAUAAAAUUGGUGCUAUGAAAGGAGUUCAAAGGGUCGGGGUGAUGCAAUGGGCAUGAUUUUCCCAUCGGCGAAUGGAGUUCAGGGCCCACUCGCCAACGUAUAAAAUGAUGCGCGGUGAUAUCGGGUGGAACUCCUGAUGUCAUCCCACCCCAUUUAAAUUUCCCAGUAG